AUGGCUGGCAAGGCAGCUGCCAGGGCCGUGGCCCACCAACUGUCGAAGGCUGCUACCAAGGAUGGAUGGCAAGAGGUGGCCAAAGCAGCUUCGGAUGCGGCCUAUGCAUCUUUGAUGCCUCCAGCUGAAGUGCCGCGCGUGGCAGCUGAAACGUCAUCACUGGAAGUGGCCAAGGCAGCCGCUACAGAUGGCAAGACUGGGGAAGAGGCUGGCACCAUCCUGGACCGGAAGCGGAUGUCCAGUCGACUGGCAGUGGCACUGCGCGACACCGGAUUGAUUUCAUCCUAA